CUCCUCUACAUAUUAACAUAAUAAAGGGAUAUUGUUAUAAUCUAAAAUGCGACUACUGUUAAUAUUAUGUUGUUUGAUCAUGGUAAAUGUAGCAUUACCGAUACAGCCAGCAUCUUCUCAAUCACUAUCAUCUGAAAGUAAAUAUCAAAGUACACUUUUAUCUAAAGAUCCGGAAGAUAAUCAAGAUUUAGAGGCAGCACUUGUUUCCAAGCACAUCUAUUAUCAUACAGCUCCAGAAGAACCAGAAGAAGAGCCUAGAACCGUAUUAGCAUCGAAACCACAAAAAAGUUAUCGUGUUGUAUUCAUCAAAGCUCCAAUUUAUAAACCAGCUAAACUAUCACUGGUAAAUCAUAAGGAUAAUGAAGAAAGAACUGUUAUAUAUGUUCUAAGCAAGAAAACUGAUUCAACUGAUUUAGAUAUUUCUACGCCAGCACCUCAAGUGGAACCAUCUAAACCAGAAGUAUAUUUUAUCAAAUACAAAACUCAGGAGGAAGCACAAAAUGCUCAGCAACAAAUUCAAGCACAUUAUGAUGCUCUUGGAGGUGAAACCAAACUUAAUGAUGAAGUCACGGCUCCAAUUCAAUCAGUUAUUGGUGUAUAUUCACAAACAUCACCCUCAAUAACAUCUUUAACACCAAAACAAAUAAACAAUAAUGGUUAUAUUUCGAACAUAAACAAUGAAUUAUCUAAUCCAGCUUAUUUACAAAAAAGAGUUUAG